GAGUUAACCCUCCAUGUGUUUGCUACUCACCUGGAUAGGGUGUGUGAGUGUGUGCGUGCGCACGCUCAACUUAAAGGAGGGAUCAAGUCACUGCAGACAAAGUCAAAUUCCGUCAGUCGCUCUGAAUCUCUCGAUCUCACACACACACACUUGCCGCUCCAUUUUAUGGGCAAUUCAGUCAAUAUUUGACCGGACCCGACUGCACAAGAGGGACGAAGUAAAGUCAGAAACAGGACUCAGUUUUUGCUUUUUGGGGUUGCAGUUUUUUUUUCUCUUUUGUGUGUGUGUGGGUGGGUGUGGGUGUACUUGGAUUUGCAGAUUUUACUUUUCACUGCAGGUGGAUACGCACUUUCCCCAAACUGUUGGAUCACACACGCCAAAGAGGAUUUAGUGGGGAUUUUUUUUUUCUUCCUCCGUUUAAUUAUUGUUGGACUUUUUUUGAACUCGGACUGGUGUGUGAUCAUCAGGAACAGGUGCAGGAAGGCGAUGGGGAGAUGGACGCGACAUCUCUCGGUGGGCCUUGGGCUUUUGCUCAUUCUCAUGAGCUGCUCUUACACUGAAGCCAACUAUUGCUUUGCCACCAGGUCCAAAACCUGCUCAGAUUGCCUGCAGGUGGGAAAAGGAUGCGCCUACUGUCCUGAUGAGACCUUUAAUGGACCACGCUGCGACCUGUAUGAAAACAUUCUGGCUCAUGGCUGCAACGCCGCGACCGUGAUCACAGCCCAAAGUAGCAUGAAGAUCGAACGGAAACAACUGAUCGACGUCCGAAUGGCGCAGUCGCAGGUGUCCCCGCAGCAGAUGACUAUGUCUUUUCUGCCGGGGGAGGAGAAGAUGGUCGACGUGGAAGUCUUUGCUCCGACCAAAGGCCCUCUUGAUCUGUACAUCCUUAUGGACUUCUCCAACUCCAUGGAAGACGAUUUGGACAACUUGAAGAGGAUGGGUCAGGAGCUGGCUUCACUUGUGAAGAAACUAUCCGAUGACUACACCAUCGGAUUUGGAAAGUUUGUGGACAAAGUCAUUGAGCCCCAAACCGACAUGAGGCCUGAUAAACUUGCCCAACCAUGGCCCAACAGUGACCCUCCGUUCUCUUUCGAAAACGUCAUCAAGCUGACCAAAGACUUGAACUUCUUUACCAGCGAGCUUCAAAAAGAAAGAAUCUCGGGCAAUCUGGACGCCCCCGAGGGAGGCUUUGAUGCCAUACUGCAGGCCGCAGUUUGCGGGGAUAAGAUCGGUUGGCGCGAACACAGCACGCAUCUGCUGGUUUUCUCCACCGAGUCCGCCUUCCACUACGAGGCCGACGGCGCCAACGUGCUCUCGGGCAUCCUGCCGCGCAACGACGAGCUCUGUCACCUGGACGGCGAAGGCAAAUACACAGAGGAUACCAAGCAGGAUUACCCCUCCAUACCCACGCUGGUCCGUCUGCUUGGCAAACACAACAUUAUUCCCGUAUUCGCCGUCACCACCCACUCCUACUCAUACUACAAGAAACUCCAAACGUAUUUCCCCAUUGCUGAGGUGGGCUUGCUGCAGGAAGACUCCUCCAACAUCCUGCAAGUCAUGGAAAUGGCUUUUAAGAGUAUCCGUUCUAAGAUGAAUAUUCGUGCGGAGGACAGACCCAAAGCCUUUGAGGCUCAGUUCCUUUCCACCAGUGGGAAGAUUGCAGAAGAAGGAGCCUUUGAUUUCAAGCCCGGUGCAAUUGGCAAAUUCAAGAUGCGACUCAAAGCCCAAAGGAUGAUCGACGACUAUCCGGUCUGUAAAAUGCCUUUGGAUGAAAAAGAGGGCAUUAUGAGAGUCAAACCGACGACCUUUAACUCUGCUGUGAACGUUAAAGCCAGAGUGCUGUGUCCAACUUGUGACUGCGAGAAGACUGCCAUCCCGAAUGCACCCAGAUGCCAUGGCAACGGAGACCUUGUGUGUGGGAAAUGCCAGUGCCACGAUGGCUGGCUGAGUACGUUCUGUAACUGUUCAGCUAGCGCUUCGGCGCUCGAUACCCGCCUGUGUAUCGGCCCGGGAUCAGCGGAACCUUGCUCAGGUCGUGGUGAUUGCUUGGAGUGUGGAACCUGUGUGUGCUACAACCCUGACCAGUUCGAAGGGCCUUACUGCCAGUACGAUAGAACCCAGUGUCCGCGAUUCGGAGGCUUCCUGUGUAACGAUCGUGGCUCCUGCAUUAUGGGCCGUUGUGUAUGUUCCGACGGCUGGGAGGGAAAUGCCUGUGAGUGUCCCAGGAGCAACCAGACCUGUCUGGACAGCAAGGGGGGUGUCUGCAAUGGACGCGGGAAAUGUGUUUGCGGUCUGUGUGAGUGUCCAACAACCGGUCUUGAAAUGACGUCAACCUGUGAGCCAAAUUUCCAGGCUCAGCUGGGUGUGUGUGAGGCCACAAGGAGUUGCGCUCAGUGUCAGGCUUGGAAGACGGGAGAGAAGAAGGACAAGAAGGAAUGUGACAAGUGUCCUUUCCGAAUCAUCAUGGUGGACGAACUCAAAGAAGCGGACAAGGUCCUUGAAAAGUGCAGUUUCCGCGACGAGGAUGACGACUGCACAUACCACUACACGGUGGAAAACCCCAAAGACCCGAGAUCGAAAGACUUGGAGGUCCAAAUGCUCAAGAAGAAAGAUUGUCCGGCUGCCAGCCUCCUAUGGCUCCUCCCUCUCCUCUUGUUCCUCUUGUUACUGCUGGCACUUUUGUUGCUCUGCUGCUGGAAAUACUGUGCCUGCUGCAAAACGUGCUGCCAGAGCUGCCUUGCCCUGCUGCCUUGCUGUCGGAAAGGUCGCAUGGUUGGAUUCAAGGAGGAUGAGUAUCUUCUCCGGCAGUCUCUGCUCACCUCAGACCACCUGGACACACCUAUGGUGAGGACAGGACCUCCCAAAGGGACCGAUGUGGUCCGCUGGAAGGUGACAGAUAAUGUGCACCGAAGUCCCAACCAUCCCCAGGUUCUAGUCAAGCCUAACCCUAAAGAAACCAUUCAGUAUCCAAUCUCCCUGCGUCUUAACCGGCGCUUUUCGGAGAACUUGUCUCGUCCCGAUUCGAGGGAUUCAGAGCAGCUUCGUAAAGAAGUCUCAGAGAAUCUUUAUGAGGUCUACAAGCAAAUUCCCGGGGCCCAGAAAAUGCAGAAGACCUCAUUUAGAACACAGAGAAAUGCAGGAAAAAGGCAAGACUACACCAUCGUGGACACCAUCCUGUCCGCCCCUCGCAGCAGCUACCCUGAAAUCGUCAAGUUGACUGAGAGAAAUGUCCAGUCCGGACACUUCAGCGACCUUAAAGUGUUGCCCGGCUACUACACCGUUGCAACAGACAGAGAGGCUGCAGGAGCGAUCGAGUUCCAAGAAGGUGUCGAAUCGAUAGAUGUUCACGUGCCACUCUUUGCCAAGGAGGAAGAUGACGACAAGAAGCAGCUACUGCUGGAGGCCAUGGAUGUGCCGCUUGGAAUUGCCAAAAUUGGAAAACGCUUGGUGAACAUCACCAUCAUCAAAGAACAUGCCUCCAGCGUGUUUUCAUUCCUCCAGCCGGCCUACACAUACAGUCGACAGGACGGCGUGGCCAAUAUUCCGAUUAGCCGAGAGAUCAUUGAGGACGGACGCUCACAAGUCUCCUACCGUACACGAGAUCUCACAGCUAAGGAUAAAAAGGACUACGUGACUGUGGAUGGAGAUCUCACUUACGGUCCUGGUGAGACCCAGAAAACGGUUCCGGUCCGUUUGCUUGAACUGGGUGAGAAAGAUGCCCUCUUGGAUGACAAACAAGUCAAACAGUUCGUCAUGGACCUCAGUAACCCGCGACAGGGCGCUAAACUCGGACGCUACCCGAGAACUACUGUCACGAUCGCCGAUCCACCAGGCCCAAGAUCUCCCGAAUUGGCCCAGACGCAGCAGAAAGGUUUUGUAUCUCCCAAAAAUACCUCGUUCGGUGGCCGCCUUCAUGCUCCUGGAAACCCGAGGGCCAAAGCGACCGGACCCCGAAGCAUCCGGCUCAACUGGGACCCACCGCCCGGUAACCCCAUGGGGUACAAGGUGAAGUAUUGGAUCUACGGCGACCCAGAGAAAGAUGCUCAGGUCUUAGAUGUCAAGACUCCUCAAGCUGAGCUGACCAAUCUGUAUCCCUACUGUGACUACGAGAUGCGAGUGUCGGCCUACAAUUCGUUCGGAGAUGGCAACGAGACAGACAUCGUUUCUUGUCAGACUCUGGAGGAUGUGCCUGGCGAACCGGGCCGGCUUGCGUUUAAUGUCAUCAGCCCAACAGUCACUCAGCUGAGUUGGGCCGAGCCCGCAGAGACGAAUGGCAACAUCACGGCUUACGAGGUCAUCUACACACCCAUCGACGACGAUCUGAAGCAAAUUGGUGCCGCUAAGAAGGUGAAAAUCGACAACCCAAAGAAGCGAAUGCUCUUGAUUGAGAAUCUUGUGAGUGCCCAGACCUAUCAGUACAAGGUGCGCGCCAAGAACGGAGUCGGUUGGGGCCCCUACAGAGACGCUACCAUAAACUUGGCGUCACAGCCUGCGAGGCCUCUGUCCAUUCCCAUCAUUCCGGAUGUUCCCAUUGUGGAUGCCGAAGCGGGAGACGAGUAUGACAGCUAUCUGAUGUACAGCAACGAGGUGCUGAAGUCUCCCUCAGGGUCCAAGACACCCAGCGUUUCUGGUGAUGAUUACAUGAUGAAUGGAAAGUGGGACCAGAACUUCCUCUUCCCGGGCGGUUCCGCCACACGCAACUUGUCGUCAUCCUCCUCCCCGAUGUCUUCUUCCAAUUCGAACUACAGGGGCGGCUCCUACACCACGGAAACAACCACCAACUACAUGUCGGGGAGCCCCCGCAGACCUGAUAUGAUGGGUGGGAUCGGCGGACUAGGAAUGCUCACACCGGACGUCAUCAUGAGGAAGCGCUCGGAGAGGGGUUACACGGAAGAAAAUAUCCGGGACUCGAUCGUCAUGGGAUACAUGUCGAGCAACUUUCCAGAGCUCGGUGUGUACGGCUUCACUGGGUCGCAGAGCGCCUCUCAGAGCCAAUUCGGCUACAGCCUGUCUCAGAGUCCGAGGGCCAGGACUCAGUCCGCCGAGGUCAACGAAGCUCUGUAUAAUUUGGACAGGGUGCUCCAGGAAGCAAGACUCACCCCGGGGGUCCCUGACACCCCGAGCCGACUGGUGUUUUCAGCGCUGGGUCCCACUGCCCUGAAAGUCAGCUGGCAGGAGCCCCAUUGCGAGAAGGACAUCUUGGGUUACUGUGUGCUCUACCAGCCGCUCAAUGGAGGUGAAGUGAAACGCAUCAAUGUGACCAACCCGGCGGACAACUCUGUGAUCAUCCAGGAUCUUCUGCCCAACCAUUCGUACCUGUUUAAGGUGAAGGCUCAGAGCCAAGAAGGCUGGGGCCAGGAAAGAGAAGGCGUCAUCACCAUCGAGUCCGCCGUCGACCCCAAGAGUCCUCUCAAUCCCAUGCCAGGCUCCCCGUUCACUCUGAGUACCCCGAGUGCGCCGGGUCCCCUCGUCUUUACGGCUCUCAGCCCUGAUUCCUUGCAGCUCAGUUGGGAGAAACCCAGGAAGCCAAACGGAGACAUUCUAGGCUAUGUGGUCACCUGCGAGCAGCUUCACGGAGGAGGUGACACACGUUCCUUCCAGGUGAGCGGGGACAUCGCAGAGACCCGGUUGACAGUCCCGAACCUGACUGAGAACAUCCCCUACAAGUUCAAAGUUCAGGCUCAGACCACACAGGGUUUCGGCCCCGAGAGGGAGGGCAUCAUCACCAUCGAGUCUCAGGAUGGAGGCGCUUUGUCUCAGUUCAAUAAUCAAUCCAUGACAAGGAGGGACAUUUUCAACAUGCCAACCGACGUGAGCGCCAUGAGCAACAUCUCACGCACCAUGAUCAACGACUUCUCAGAUGGAAUGAUGAUGACCACGCAACACACAGAAAGCAGCGGCAUGAUGACUCGCCAAAUCACCAAGGAAGUGGUCCAGAGGAGCGUCAUGGGAGGGACCACCGUCACAAAGAAAAUGUUUUACGACUCCUAAAAUAAGGUGUUUCAUUUCCUUUUUUUUUUUUCUUUCUCGUUCGUUUGUUUUUGCCUCGAUUUGCAUUCUCAUUGUCCAAACAUUUGAGAUUCUCUUUUAAAAAGAGUCACAGAGCUCAUACAGGCUUGAUGUACAGUAUGUGUUCAUAAUUAUGCAAGUGUGAGAUUGUGAUAAAAGAAAAUUCUAGCCUAUUGUAUGGUUUAAAAAAAGAAAAAAAAUGGCAAGGAUGCCAUUUCGUUGCGUCUGUUACAAAUUUUAACCACUCGUCUCUUCCGAUUCACCUUUCGCUCUGUGAUGAAUUUCGUUUCUUUCUAGUAAACAACUUCACUGCCGGUUAACUAACACACACGCAGUGUAUCUAAACCGGGCAGGUUAAUCUAACCGUGGUUAAUCCCGAACGACACGACGCCCUUGCAAACCUAGUCCGGUAAAUCUGUUUUGUCAGGAUUAACAUUACGUGACAGUGUCACAUUAACAUAUUUCGAAAACCACAAUAUAACUCAUUCAGUUCUUUGCAGAUGCUUUUAUUCCCGGAGGUUCAUUAUUUGCCUCGCGCGGUUGAAUUUUUGAGUGACAUGUUGAUUGAUGCGCAUUAAGGGAGUGCUGUGCAAAGAAUUGAAAAACACAAUGGCAUCAAAUUAUGUCCAACAGUCAUGCCACAUAUAAACCGAUUGCUGUAUUUACACUUCUCAUUUCGACAAAUGAUUUGACACAAUGUAUGUGGUUUCUCGUUUUAUAUGAUGUUUUUAUACUCAAUGUGUGAUAUAUAGUCCUUUUAACUUUAUACUAUUUUUGCCUUUUUGGUCGUUGUAACACAUUAAGAGCUGUUCAUUUGGAAAUUACGGAUAAAGACAAAGAUUGUAUUUGCUUUAGUGCACAAAUAGAGUCAAAUUGGGCUGCAUCUUCAUUCGAGAUUUUUUUGCUUUUACAAAAAUAUUUGAUAUGUUGGGCCUUAUGUGGAAAAUGGA